CCCCGCCCCCGCGGCGCUAGCGGAGCCAAGAUGGCGACCGAGCUGGAAUACGAGUCUGUGCUGUGUGUGAAGCCUGACGUCAGCGUCUACCGGAUUCCGCCGCGGGCCUCGAACCGCGGCUACAGGGCGUCUGACUGGAAGUUAGACCAGCCUGAUUGGACUGGUCGCCUCCGCAUUACUUCAAAAGGGAAGAUCGCCUACAUCAAACUGGAAGAUAAAGUUUCAGGGGAGCUCUUUGCUCAGGCGCCAGUAGAACAGUACCCUGGUAUUGCUGUGGAGACAGUGACAGACUCCAGCCGCUACUUUGUGAUCAGGAUCCAGGAUGGUACCGGCCGAAGUGCGUUUAUUGGCAUUGGCUUCACAGAUCGGGGGGAUGCCUUCGACUUCAAUGUUUCGCUGCAAGAUCACUUCAAGUGGGUAAAGCAGGAAACUGAGAUUUCCAAAGAAUCUCAGGAGAUGGAUAAUCGUCCCAAGUUGGAUUUAGGCUUCAAGGAAGGACAGACCAUCAAGUUGAGUAUUGGGAACAUUACAACCAAGAAAGGAGGUGCUUCUAAGCCCCGGGCCACAGGGACUGGAGGCCUGAGCUUACUCCCACCUCCACCUGGAGGCAAAAUCACUAUUCCCCCACCAUCCUCAGUUGCCAUCAGCAACCACGUCACCCCACCACCUAUUCCAAAAUCUAACCAUGGAGGUAGUGAUGCAGAUAUCCUUUUAGAUUUGGAUUCCCCUGCUCCUGUCAUGACUUCAGCACCAGCGCCAGUUUCUACAAGCAGUGACUUGUGGGGAGACUUCAGCACUGCAUCCAGCUCUGUUCCGAACCAGGCGCCACAGCCGUCCAACUGGGUCCAGUUCUGAGUAUCAUUGGCAAGAUGUUAAGGACACACUUGAAGAAUAAAUGACCUGGAGGGCACCGUUCUAUGAGGGAGUUGAGGGACCGCUUCAUUUCCCAGAACCAAAAUCAGUCGACAAUCUUUUCCAUAGCUUCUCUGUUGCUUUCAGGCUGGAUUAUUUUGUUACCUCUGUGUUACUUGCUGUAUAAGCCAGGAGACCAACUGCUGUUUCCUGCUCACAACUGAGGCAGGGGAGUAGUGGAAAUUAUCACACUGACCGACUGUGCAGAGUUCAGAAAGCCACCUGUGAGAAUAAGAGUGACCUCUGACAUAUGUAAAUUCUUGAACUUAUUUCAGAAUCAUCUCAUGAUUCCUGUGUAUCUGUUUGUGAUGCCCUAGUUAGCAGUUUCAGGAGAGACAAUGCCUGUAAUGGUCUUUCUCGUAACCCGAGACUAUAAAUGGGCAGACUGGCCUCCACACUUAACCAUGUUAGGAUUUUCAUGAGAGUAGGUUUGUGGAAAGCCGUAUCCGGCUCUCUUCUGUAAGGCCUCCUUCAGGCUUACCCUAUUCAGUGAGCAUCCGGUGAGCCGCAGCACCACCACCGCCUUGUGUGUUUACGUCUUUUCCUCUGAUGAAAGGCUCGGGUUGGUGGCGCCCCACGGUUUUCUGCAUGUUGGAUAGUGCAGCAUCUUUGACGGUGGCUGUUUCUGAGAUGAAGGAGAUGGAGGCUGUGCUUUCCAAGUUGUAGUCUGCAGAGGCGUUUCUGCUGCAUUUGAAGCAUAGCAUUAACUUUAUUCACCCCAUGUUUGACCUAAGGUAAGCAUUUUAACGUGAUGUGUAGAGCAGAGAGGGGGAAG